AUGCUGGCUUCUUACGUAUCAGUUCUAACGAUCGUAGCGUUCUCCCUGGAGCGUUACCUGGCAAUCUGUCAUCCUCUGCAUCUCUACGCCAUGGCAGGGCUUGGAAGAGCGUUGAAGAUUGUGGCCGCUUUAUGGCUUGUGUCACUCCUGGCAGCAUCGCCCUUCGCUGUUUAUACCACCGUCAGCUAUCAUGACUAUCCACUUGGUUCUGGAAACGCAUCCCUGGAUUCGGCAUUCUGCGCGAUGCUGGAGCAGCCUUCUUGGUACCUCUGUGAGCUGAGCAGCCUGUUAUUCUUCAUCUUACCCGGCAUCAUCAUCCUGGGUCUCUACGUGCGCAUGGGACUCCGAAUUAGGGCCUACAAUUUAUCUAAUUUCAAUCCGGCCCAGUCACAAAAUCCGGGGCCGGAGCCAACCUAG